AUGAAAUUUGUCGCUCUAGUCUCCGGUGGCAAGGAUUCUUGCUUCAAUGUACUUCACUGUUUAAAGCAGGGCCAUCAAUUGGUCGCAACAGCCAACCUAUACCCGGCAGAUGAAACACAACAAGAAUUGGAUAGCUAUAUGUUCCAAACGGUUGGUCAUGACGUCGUCUCGUAUUAUGAGAAAUGUACAGGGCUACCAAUUUUUAGACAUCCAAUUAAGCGUGGUGGAUCCAAGAAUCUGGAGAUGAAUUAUACUCUGACUUUGAACGACGAAAUUGAAGAUCUAUACUCUUUAUUGUGGGAAGUGAAAACCGCAGUCCCAGAUGUUGAAGCUGUCAGUGUUGGUGCCAUAUUGUCAUCCUACCAGAGGACUCGAGUCGAAGAUGUCUGCAUGCGGCUGAACUUGACUGUUUUAUCCUACUUAUGGCAGAGAGAUCAGCUUGAGCUGAUGACAGAAAUAGUGUUCAAUAGUCAAAAAACAAUGAGGAAGAAGAAUACUGGAAAAUUAGAUGCAAGGAUUAUAAAGGUUGCUGCUGUCGGAUUGGACCAGUCGCAUUUGAAUAAAUCUCUACCUCAAAUUUUUCCUACGAUGAAGAAGUUAAAUCGAUUGUAUGAUGUUCAUAUAUGUGGUGAGGGUGGUGAAUUCGAGACCAUGGUUUUAGAUGCACCUUUUUUCAUUAAAGGGAAGCUCCGUGUGGUUUCAGAAAGAGUUAAUAUUUCUGACGAGAGUAACGGCGUUUAUAGUGUGCAAUUGGGUGUUGAAUUCAAAGAAAAGGUAGUCGAGGAUGAUAGAAAAAAACAGUUGGAUGCGCUGCCGGUUCCCCCACUCCUGAAUGACAAAUGGUCUGCACUUCUAAACUCUUUAGCAAAUCCCGACUCUUCGGUCAUAAGUCAAGAAGAGCAGUCAGAAACAGAAGCUUUAGUGAGUUUUCAGUCUCAACCAUCGGUAGGUCAGUUUGGGAAAUCACUUUACGUUUCGAACCUUAGAGCAACGACUCCAUCUAGCUCGUUAGAAAAUCAAACAAGGCAGGUACUUGAUGCGCUAAAUGUUAUUAUAGAGAAGUGGGGUAUUUCGCCUAGUCAAGCCAUUAACUGUACUUUAGUCCUUUCUUCCAUGUCCAAUUUUGCCGUUGUCAACGAAAUAUACAGUGAGUAUUUCGAUAUUUCAAAGUAUGGUCCACUGCCGCCAUCCAGAGCUUGUAUCGAGUCAAACUUACUAGGAAAGGACUGUCUACUACAACUUUCCAUAGUAUUUGACAUGGCAUAUGAGGUUGAUACUCUAAACAAAGCUGUUGUAGUUUAUCCAAAUAAGACCGGUUUACAUGUGCAAGGUAGGUCGUAUUGGGCUCCCUGUAACAUUGGCCCAUACUCACAAGCAAUCUGGCUCAGCACGGAUAACAACAGAGUGUCAUAUAUAAGUGGACAAAUUCCAUUGGUUCCUUGUUCCAUGAGUAUGGUAGGGCAAGAUCGAAAUUUACAAAGUGUUUUAUCCCUUCGCCAUUUCGAUACUUUGAAAACAACCAUAGGUGCAACGAAACAAUUAUUCAUGACGUGCUUCACGUCAAAUCUUCAGAUCAUCCCCACAAUAACAAACACAUGGUCCCUUUAUUGUGAUGAAAUGCAGUACGAAUCUGAUUUAUGGAUGGACAAAGACCAAGAUCCGGUAGAAUGUCUAAUCAUCGUCAAGGUCUCCCAACUCCCACGUGAAGCCCUAUGUGAAUGGGGAGGUAUUUCCUGCCAUCAAGUUGAAAUAGAAUACUCUUCAGAAGAAGAUGAGGCAACAGAUGCCCUUGCCAAGAUGACUUUACAGAAACAACUUCCUGGCAUCAUCAGCGAUAUCGCAGUCAAAGAUGGAUCCAAUCAAAGACAUUUUAUUACUGGGUUUUCAGACGACGAGCAAGAGAUUAUUGCAGUACUUCAACGUAUUGAACGUCCAUUCAAGACUACCGUAUACUUCAAUCCUUCAGACGUCACAGGUAUUACAGAAGAUCUGCAUAAACUCACCACUGUCGAAUUCAUUCCUGUAACAAAGGUUUUUGACUACAAAGGUAACUUGCAUGCAUUUGGAUACCAUCUCAUUUACUGA